AUGGCAUUCGUCGAGGCCAAGCUGAUUCGUUGCAGUGGUUUGGCUGCGUGGCGGAGCUCUUCGAACAAAGGCCAGCAUAAAAAGGGCCACAACCACGGCCCCAAGCCGAGAGGCCCCAUCAUCACCAAAUACGCGCCUCCACCACCGCCGCAACCACUCCAGGCGUACGGCGCAGGGGUCGGCCAUUAUCAAAACCCUCCCGCCGCAAGUCAGCAGCAUCCCGCCGUGUAUGUUGCGCCGGCAAACCACCAGCAUCACUACAUCACGCCGCCUCCUUAUCCGGCGUACUCCCACCCGGCCUACGGGUACCCCAAUCCGGGAUAUCCUCCCCCGUCUCCUCCGUCUCCUUACCCGCCGGCACAGUAUAGCCCGCCUGGCAACAUGCCGCCGCCGCCGCCGGGAUUUCUUGCACCGGCUCCCCCGCCACCAGCAUCUCUAGGACCAUUCCCUCCAGGACCUCACCCGCCAAGGCAUCCGCCGCCGCGGCCGUGCCCUUCGGCUAGGCCACCGCUCGAAUACCAGGCCUCGCAUUACAACCAAUCAUAUCCAUCGCCAUCCUGUUACGGACCUGCUUCCUCUUCGCCCCCUGCUCGUGCCAAACGACACCAAGCACGUCCCGGAAUAGCGUCGCCGGGGCCGACCUCGGUCCCGCCGAGUCCUCAGGGCUCGAGGAUGAGUCACCCGCUGCCUCCAAAACCGCCGCCAAGUCUUGAUCAGGUCAAGACCCAGCGUGACAAUCGCAGCAGACGAAAGCUCGACCGUCAACCCAACAAUCAGGACAGGCGUGGUAGAGACCAAAACACCAGCGCCAGAUCGCACCAUCUUGGUUCACAUCACGAUGCAUCGCAUCCGCCAUCAUCAUCCACCAGUCGCCGCUCGUCCCAGAGCUCACCCCCGAAGGACCAGGAGAAUGCAUUCAUUGCGGAAAGGCGGUCUUCUCAGGGUAGCCCAUGCAACGACAGAACUCACCAUGUUGUCUCCGCGAAGCAGCUGGAUGCUUCGAACCCCCCACGAGAUUCAUUGAAGAACAAUGUGAUUGAGACAGAAGCCUCGGAUAAUCGAGAGGACGCCAUCACAGCUCCUGACGCAUGUUCUUUUCGCAGUGGCACCAAGAGAGAUGAGACAUCGAGAGAUGAGAUAUCGAGAGAUGAGACACCGAGAGAUGAGACACCAAAGACGGCGGCAAUGGAAACUCUCCAGGUACCGGCCAAUGCCGAUGGAUCAGACGACCCCGGUGACACGCCCGUGAUGCCUGAUGCCGUCAAGGCCGACUCGUCGUCGACUGCAGGUACAUCGGAGGGCCGUGCUGAAACCUCGGACUCUUUCACCGUCAAUGGCGAAACUGCCGAGCCUAGGACGUUGGUGGAAACGGAGGAGGGAGAAAUUCCCGACGAAGAAGCCGGCAAUCCUGCGGCGCGAAAGUGGGAACCGACGGAAGAGCCCAAAAAGUGUUGGCCACCAUUGGAUGACCAAAAGACACGCAAACGUCGACACAGCAGCGAAGCAGACAAACAUCGGAACCUGAAGAAGCCCAGGUCGUACAGCCCGGAGCAAAGAAGCGAUAGAAUCAGCGACAAUGGCGUUGCUCAUGACCUCUGGGAAGGCAUUCGAGUUCCAAGACAAGCCGAUCGCAAGCGACUAGACUCCAAUCGAUCUCGCUCUAGGCACUCAUCUGCUUCAUCCGCCUCCACAAAGUCUUCGGAUCUCAAUUCCUUGGAGGCAGAGCUUCUAGGUCGCUCGGCCAAAAAGAAGCAGCAAACCCCAAGUCCGUCGUCGCGUCCUCGUCCAGAGCGGGUGGUCCCGUUCAUGGCCAAGCGCCGGCAGACGAACACCAACUCAGCCUACAGGUACAUCUCUUGCUCUCGCCUAUGCUGGACGUGGCUAACGGACGCAGUCGACGAUGGUAGACGCGAGCUGUCUAAUGACGGCGGCAAAGCUCCGCGGUUGGCCGAAAUGCGAUGCCUGCCUUUUCGCCCCCUUCACACAUUAUUUUACGUGCGUCUGGACAUCUGGUUCCGUUCCACCCCCCCCAACAUAUAUGCUCUGUUUGUACAUUGCACAUUUUGUGUCGUAGCGGCAAGCUACGGCAGUCCCCCUUACCAUCAGGCCUCAUGA